AUGAUGCUUCGGUCACAACAAGCAAGCCAAACAUUCAAGGCGCUUGCCCAGACUUCAAGAUGCCAACCUCGGGCAAUCACCUCCCAUAUAGCGUCGACUGUUGCUUCUGGCAAUAGAAAGAUGCCAGCCAGCGUCAGGAAUCAGGCCACCGUAGCUGUGUCUUCGCCUCCAAGCUAUUCUAGUACCGAGUACAACACGAUAACCAGCGAUCCCCGCAGUCAUGUUCAACCCUUGGUGGGUCCUGUGGUCCCAGACAUGGAUGAGUCAUUUAUUGGAAUGACGGGUGGGGAGAUAUUUCAUGAGAUGAUGCGGAGAAGAGGUGUCAAGCAUAUUUUCGGGUACCCUGGUGGAGCAAUCCUACCCGUUUUCGAUGCCAUCUAUGGUUCCAAGGAUCUCGACUUUGUUCUUCCCAAGCAUGAACAGUGCGCUGGCCACAUGGCCGAGGGGUACGCUCGAGCCUCUGGAAAGCCCGGCGUUGUGCUUGUGACUUCCGGCCCUGGGGCAACGAACGUCAUCACUCCGUUGCAAGAUGCCCUUUCGGAUGGCACGCCGAUAGUCGUCUUUUGCGGCCAAGUUCCCACAAGCGCCAUCGGGACGGAUGCCUUUCAAGAAGCCGAUAUUAUUGGAAUCUCUCGGUCAUGCACGAAGUGGAACGUCACAGUCAAUAAUGUUGCCGAGUUGCCCCAACGGAUCAACGAAGCCUUCGACAUUGCCACUACCGGCAGGCCUGGACCUGUGCUUGUAGAUUUGCCCAAGGAUGUCACAGCCGGUAUUUUAAGAAAGGCUAUCGCCGGAAAGUCGAAUAUUCCCGGACUUUCUAAUGCUGCAUCGCGUGUGAUCCUGGAGGAAAGCCGGAAACGACUCACCAACUCGAUAUCGCACGCCGCAGAGUUGAUCAACGGCGCAAAGAAGCCCAUUAUCUUCGCCGGGCAAGGCAUAAUCUCGUCUACCAACGGCCCUGAGAUGCUCAGGGAGCUUGCCGAUAAAGCUUGCAUUCCCGUCACUACCACUCUGCACGGGCUCGGUGCCUUUGACGAACUAGACGAGAAGUCACUCCAUAUGGUUGGGAUGCAUGGUGCCGGGUACGCCAACAUGGCUAUGCAAGAGGCGGACGUCAUCAUCGCCCUCGGUGGUCGCUUUGAUGACCGUGUCACCGGCUCGGUAUCAAAAUUUGCGCCGGGAGCGCAGAAGGCGGCCCGUGAAGGUCGUGGCGGCAUCGUACACUUCGAAAUCAUGCCAAAGAACAUCAACAAAGUUGUCCAAGCAACUGCAGCAGUCGAAGGAGACGUUACCGAGAAUCUUGCCCAGCUUCUGCCUCAGAUUGGGAAGAAGUCAAAAUCCGAUCGGAAAGCGUGGCUGGACCAGAUUCAGGACUGGAAGGCGAAAUGGCCUCUGAACGCCUACGACAAAACUGCACGUGCCGACCUGAUCAAGCCGCAGGCUUUAAUUGAAGAGCUGAGCAACCUCACCGCCCAUCGGAAGCAGGAAACUAUCAUCACGACGGGUGUUGGCCAGCACCAGAUGUGGACCGCUCAACAUUUCAGAUGGCGACACCCGAGAACACUGGUUACAUCUGGCGGGUUGGGGACUAUGGGCUUUGGUCUGCCAGCAGCUAUCGGAGCCAAAGUCGCGAAGCCAGACUCCCUUGUUAUUGACAUCGAUGGCGAUGCCUCGUUUAAUAUGACUCUCAUGGAGCUCUCCACGGCUGCUCAAUUCAACAUCGGAGUCAAGGUCAUCAUCUUGAACAACGAGGAGCAAGGUAUGGUCACGCAGUGGCAGAAUCUCUUCUACGAGGAUAGAUACGCGCAUACCCAUCAAGUGAACCCGGAUUUUAUCAAGGUGGCUGAAGCCAUGGGCGUUCAACAAAGAAAACUUAUCAAGGCGGAAGACACCACAGAAGCCUUGCAGUGGCUCAUUGACUCGGAAGGCCCCGCACUCCUUGAAGUUGUCACCGACAGAAAGGUGCCUGUGCUGCCCAUGGUGCCAGCCGGUGCCGCCCUGCAUGAAUUCCUGACCUGGGACGAGGAGAAGGACAGGAAGCGACGAGAGUUGAUGAAAGAAAGAACUGGCGGGUUACAUCAAUAG